UGGCAGCCGUCGCAGAGUGCCAGUGUCGUCCAGGUCUCAGUCUUAAACAAAACAUAUUUUUUUACUCUCUCUCUCUCUUCUCCCUGGAACUUUUCUUCCUUUCCCCUUUCUUUGGCUGCAUCCGCGCCUCCGUCAUCUCUCUCGGGACCCGGGGAACGCGUGCCAAGACUAUGUGUAUGUGUGUACAUUUGUGUCUACGGUGACUGCUGCUGCUGCUCCUUUCUUCUCUCUACACCGUAUACCAACCCUAUGUACAUGCCGUCGACGAUUGUGUCACUCCGAGACUCCGUAUAUAUAUAUAACUACACCAGCAGCUGAAGGAGAGAAUGAACAACUUACACGCCGUGUCCGACACCUCCGCUUGCAUUUACGUUAAUUGCAUUGGUUGUCCUACAAAACAAAUUUGUAAUGCGACGAGGUGGGCAGCAGUAGCGGGGGCUAGGCCAAAGUGGGCCUAAACAAAAACGAAAGAGAACAAAUAAAAUCACCCUUCAACUGCCCUGACAACGGAGAGGACCGAGGGAGAGCGAAAAAUCGGAGGAAGGAAAAAAUGGACCGUAAGCAGAUGGUCUCGCCGGAGGUGGCAAUGGCCAGCGAGGUCUUUGACCAGUUCUGCAACGCGACGACCCUCAAGUCGAUCCUAGGGCACUUCCGGCACCUAUGCGACCUUUUAAAGAUCAAGCCCACGAAUUUCCAUCAGUUCUACCCGAAGCUCAAGUCGAAGCUACGCUCGUGGAAGGCCCAAGCUCUGUGGAAGAAGUUCGACCAACGAGCCAACCACAAGUGCUACAACCGAGGCAAGGCGUGUCUCAACACGAGGGUGCUGAUAAUAGGCGGUGGGCCGUGCGGCAUGCGCUCGGCGAUCGAGGCCCAGUUGCUGGGGGCCAAGGUCGUGGUGGUGGAGAAGCGGGACCGCAUGUCGCGCAACAACGUCCUCCACCUGUGGCCCUUCGUGAUAAACGACCUGCGCGCCUUGGGGGCGAAAAAGUUCUUCGGCAAGUUUUGCGCCGGCUCGAUCGACCACAUAAGCAUCCGGCAGUUGCAGUGCAUACUGCUCAAGGUCGGCCUGCUCCUUGGCGUCGAGUUUCACGAGAACGUCAGCUUCGAGGCUCUGGUGCCGCCACCCGAGAACCAGGAGGGAGGAAAAAUCGGCUGGCGUGCGAAAACGUGUCCAGCCGAGCACCCGGUGUCGCAGUACGAGUUCGACGUGCUCAUCGGCGCGGACGGCAAGCGCAACACCCUCGAGGGCUUCAAGCGCAAGGAGUUCCGGGGCAAGCUGGCCAUCGCCAUCACGGCCAACUUCAUAAACAAGCGCACCGAGGCCGAGGCGAGGGUCGAGGAGAUAAGCGGCGUCGCCUUCAUCUUCAACCAAAAGUUCUUCAAGGAAUUGUACUCGGAGACCGGCAUUGAUCUCGAGAACAUCGUCUACUACAAGGACGACACCCACUACUUUGUCAUGACCGCCAAGAAGCAUAGCCUCAUCGACAAGGGCGUCAUACUCCAGGAUCACGCGGACACGGCGAAGCUGCUGGCCAAGGAGAACGUGGACAGGGAUGCGUUAAUGCAGUAUGCGCGGGAGGCCGCUGAAUUCUCGACCGAGUACCAGAUGGUGGACAUGGAGUUUGCGGUGAACCACUACGGCCAGCCGGACGUGGCCAUGUUCGACUUUACCUCCAUGUACGCCGCGGAGAACGCCAGCCGCGUCAUCGAGAGACGUGGGCACCGCCUGCUCAUGAUCCUCGUGGGCGACAGUUUGCUCGAGCCGUUUUGGCCGACGGGUUCGGGCUGCGCUAGGGGCUUUUUGAGCUCCAUGGACGCGUGUUGGGCCAUCAAGGGCUGGGGCUGCUCGCUCACGCCCCUCGAGGUCAUAGCCGAGCGCGAGUCCAUUUACAGGCUGCUCGGACAGACGACGCCCGAGAACCUCAACAGGGACUACGCGGCUUACACACUGGACCCCCACACGAGGUAUCCGAACCUGAACGUGCGCUCCGUUAGUUCGAUCCAAGUGCGAAGUCAGCUCGACACGGACGAUCCGGAAACCUUCAAACUACUGCCCGUCCAGACUGCCAUAGAGUUGCCGAAGAAGCGCAGAAGAAGAGAUUCACAGGUACACCCGGACACGUUGUUGCACUGGCUGCAGCGUCAGGUGGCCCUGUACGAUGGCGUGCGUAUCCACGACAUGGGAGCGUCCUUCAAGAGCGGCUUGGCCAUCGCGGCUAUCAUACACCGGUACAGGCCCGAUCUCAUCGACUUCCAUACCCUCAAGAAGGACGACCCCGUUGCCAACAACCAGCUUGCCUUUGAUAUCCUUGAGAAGGAACUCGCCAUUCCUCCGAUAAUGACGGGGGAGGAGAUGGUGCAGUGCGACGUGCCGGACAAGCUCACGAUGUUUUCGUAUCUGACGCAGAUUUACGAGGCGUUUCGUGGAGAAAUACCACAUAUUAAACACCCGAAAUUGGAACCAGAGACUGAGGAUAGGCCUACGCUUUCACAAAAGCUGAAAGUGAUUUCACCGGAGAAGCAGGCCCAGCUGCUCGGUCGCAUUACCAACAAGCAGGAGGGUAUCGUGGCACCGGCUCGCAGUCGGAGGUCGCGCCACGUCAACGAGAACCUGCCCUUCGUCGGCGACAACAACAAAAAGACGGACACGAUGCGCCGGCACGCGCGCAAGCGUCGAAGCAACGAGAAGAUGGGAGCCACCGUGGAGGAGCGCAUGCAGCGUCUGCAGGACAUAGAGAAAAAUCGGCUGGAGCGCAUGUUGCGCCGUCAAUACCAGCGCAAACGAGCCACGGAGCAAUUCUACAAGAGCAUGCAGAUGCUGCAGGCUAACGCGAAGCGCGACAAGGACGAGCCGUUCGAGGACUACUCGAUAUUCCUGUAUAGGCAGACGGCCCCCGACUUCAAGGACCGCGUCAAAGACCUUGAGCAGAAAAUCCUAUACCCCGAUCGCGAAUCGAAGAUCCACGCGGGCCAGCACAGAAACAGCGUGGACGAGGGCUUUUCCGGCAGGAUAAAGAACAUCGAGGAGAAGCUGAAGGGCACGACAGCCACGGACAAGAAGCCCAAGGACCUGCUGCGAGCGAUCGGUAAAAUCGAAAAGACGGACUGGAACGUGAAGGAGAUCGAGAAGAAAAUCGAGGAGAACAAGAUGGGCCGGGCCGUGCGUCACGACAAGGUCGAGCGGGUGCCAAAGUGGAGUCGCGAGCAGUUCCUGGCACGGCAGACGAAAAUGGAGAAGAAGGGCCACGAGCCGUCCGAGCCGGACAGCAAGUACGCGGAGAUCGACAGCACGCUCAAGAACUACGGGAAGAUCAAGGAGGGCAGUUUGCUCGGGCACAACAAGGUCUCGGCCAUGGCCGAGCAGUUUGCGAGUAAGAACCAGGAGGCCGCGGCCUCGGCCGACCAACCCAAGGUCCAAAGAUCGAACUCGAAAGUGGCGCUGGCUCUUCCGGCCCAGGGUGGCUCGGACACCUGUCACUUUUGCGAGAAGCGCGUCUACGUCAUGGAAAGGCUCACCGCCGAGGGCAAGUCCUUCCACCGCGGCUGCUUCCGCUGCGAGUACUGCUCCACGUCGCUGCGAAUCGGAAACCACACGUUCGACCGGGACAAGAAUGGGGGCCGGUUCUACUGCACCCAGCACUUUGGCCUGCCCGGCACCAUGCAGACGAGAAUAGAGAGGAAGAACAAGACCCAUCCGCCGAGCAAAGACAACGCGCCGCAAGCGCCGAUCAAGUCGCCGGACAAGAACAAGCUGUCGGUGGAGGGUAUCUCGGGUUUGGAUCUGCUCGAUCGCGGUCAGACGCCGGAGAGGAUCGAGUUCGAGAAUCUCGCGGGUGAGUCCGACGCGGACGAGGCGCAGAGCAUCAUGGACGAGGACGAGUGGACCGACCGGAACUUUGGGCCCUCCGCGGCUGAGAUGGGCUCGAGCGACGAUAUCUCCGACAUGAGCGAUUCGGAUGACGACAACGAGGUCUUCGAGGAGGCUAUCGAUCAGCCCCUGACGACUGAGGGUACGCUCGAGUUGGCAAAAAAUUGGACCCUCCGUUACUCGCAUCCGCAUCCGGCGACGGCAAACUCCGACACGGGCAGCAACGAGUACGAGGACUCGAGCGACGAUUACACGAGCACUGAGGAGGACAGCCAAACAGCGACGGAGGAUGAGGAGGACGUGCGCGCCCGCGAGCUGCGCAAGCAGGAGGUCUGGCUCCCGGAGCCCACGCACAUCUCCGACACCGAGACCGGCUCCGAGACCGAGAUCGCCUCGGACGACUCGGACGACGACUCGGAGGGCAACGAGUGCGAGAACUCGGCGACCGAGAUCUCGACCGACUCGGAAUUCGAGCACGACGGCGCGACGCCCACGCAGCACGAGAUACCCAAGAUCGCGAUAAACGACGCUUACGUCCGCAAAACCCGGGGCGACUACGUAGAGCCGAAGAAGGUCCAAGUCAAGAGCCGCGUCAUCACCGCCGUGAACGGCGACAACAUGAACGCCCUGAACGAGUCUAGCCCACCAAAGUCUCGGGACGCGACAACGACGACGAACGAUUCCAAGACCGUGACGGGUAGUUCGCGGCAGCAGUUGACGUCCCUGGUGAAUCCCCGGAAGGGCGAUUACCUGCUGAACCGGACCCCGUCGACCGAAGGUAUAGCCUCGCGGCUGUCGCUCGAGCUGAAGAAGCGCUACCUGCUCGGCGGCGCCGGUCUCGGGGGCACGGUGGUCAAGUCGGGCUCGACCUCGAGCGUGGACACGAAGCUGGUGCGCAACCUCAACGACGCCAUAUCGGCGAGCCAGAAGCUCCUCAACCCAGCACCCGAGCCCAGUCCCUCGAUGCAGGCCUUUUUGCAGGGCACGAGCAAGCUCAAGCUCUCGGGGCAGCAGCCCCUGUCGCCCCUGUCGCCUUCGGUGCUGUACGGGAACUCCGCGUCCUCGCCAACCGUCCGGGCUUUUAAUUUCAACGCCAAGGGUAACGCCGAUGCCACUGCCGACAAAAACGCGAAAAACGUCCAGCUGCCGGAUCUCGUGAAGGAGGUGGACGGCAAGCCCGCCAGCCCGGUGAUCCUCGAGCCGUCCAAGUCAGCGGCGAUCGACGAAGAGAAGCAACCGUCCCCGACGAGCGAGUCCAAGGAAGUGAUGUCCGGGACCCCCACACCACUAGUUGAGACCAAAAAUAUCGAGGACGCGGUCACGACGACCACGCGGCAGCUCAGCAAUGGCGACAACAGCAACCCCCUCGACGAGGGCGAGUCGAGGCCCAGGAGUCCCCUACACGAGACGUCGAUCAUCGUGCCUCAGGUCGACUGGGAGAAGAACAAGAAGGACAUAGAGGAGGAGGACGACGACGACAGUGACACUAGCAGCAGUAGCGACGACUCGGACGAAAUCGAUAGCGACUCGCUGUCGUCGAGCGAAGCCGAGGACGCGAUAAUGCCAAAGCUCCCGUCCAACUUGUCACCACCGAGGCUGCAGAUCCACAGCACCGAUGGCUACCUACUGCUCGACGAGGAAGCAGACAGAACUCCCGAUGGCGACGGAGCGAACUUCGAGCCGGACUCGAUCGAGUGCUCCUACCUCCUGGAAGAGAGCCCCCGGGAACCCGUCGAGCAGCCCACCGCCAAGCCCCCCUGCACGAUCGUCGACGCAGUCAACAGUAGCCUCAAGUCCCUGAAACUUCAGCCGGAGCUCGAGCCGAGCAGGAAGAACAGCCCCAGCGGGCCCAGCAGUCCCGUAUCCGUGGCCUCGCGAGCCUCCAGCAGGAACGACAACGACUCGGAGGACAACGACGUGACGACGGCUGCGUACACCGAGACCGAGUUCUCCGAGUGGGCCCGGGACGGCGACAACCUCGUGUCCGAAGACCUCCGCGACGUCGAGUACGACAUGAACCCGGAGUGCCGGGGCAGCAAGAGGCCAUCGAUGGAACGGACGACGGCGCGCAUAGCCAAUGGCGAGGAUCUCACGGACAUCGAGCUCGACUACUCGCAGGAGGAGAUGCUCGCCGCCGAGGCCAACAACCAGCAGCCGAGCACGAUAGCCUCGAAGAUGCUGGCCAACGGUGAGGAGGACAUUGGCUUCAUGGACACGGACAACGAGAGCAUGCUCGAGGAGGACAGUCUGAGGGACUUGUCGCGACCGCCCCGCAACCGCGGCUACAUCGAGUUUGUCAAUUUCAAGGCAGCCGGGCCCCUACUGCUGCCACCGAUCGGCAGCAACUCCGCGGUAGCCCCCAUCGCCAGCACCGAGUUCGAGGAGUCGUCCGACGCGCAGACGCCCUGCUGCGAGGACAACGUCAUCGAGUUCGAUCCCGUGACGAUGGACGACGUACGCGAGCGACUGAGGCUCAACGGCCUGGUACCGCACUGCCAGAUCAAGGUGACCGGGACGCAGGAGGACGAGGACCUCGGCCACGGCAAGGAGCUGAUGAGCAUGUCGAUGGACGAGGACAGUCUGUUGAUGGUCGAGCCCCACGAGGACACCACUACGAGCGAAGUCGUAACUGUGCUCGCGAGCCCGAUGAACCCCCGUGGGGGAUUAGCGAUCGGCUCGGCCGAGGACACCACCAGCGAGGCCACAAAGACACCCGAGCCCGCUGCCACUACAGCUCUUCCUCCUACGGGUGCUGCGCCAAAGACGCCGGAGGAUACAAACAACGCGGACUACCUCGAGUACGUGAAGAAGCUGCAGUCGCGGAUAGCCGAGUUCAGCGCAAAGGACGCAACGGACGUGCGCAAGCCUCGGCGUCGGGCUUCCAAGCCUCUGGGGCACCAGGGCUCGCGCAGCUCCACCGAGUCCCUCGGGAUGGUACCUUUGGAAGACCAGCAGCAGCAGCAACAGGCAAAGACUCCGGAAAGGGAGAAGUGCGAGGUACUACCCGCGAGCUUGAACAACGGGUUCAACUCGCCAGCCACGUCCCGCAAGCUCGAGGAGAUAACGCGCGAGCGUAGCAAGCAAAAGUCGUUGAUCCAGGACCUGCUGAUGGACAAGCUGGAGGCGCAGAAGCAAAAGUCCGCGGAAAAGCGAGCGAAGCGCGCGGCGAGGACAGCCUCGUUCACUAACCUGCCGCCCAACAGUCCGUCCGUCAGGGGCUGUCCUGCACCGUUCCUGAACGCGACGCGCGACGGACCGUCCUCGCCGACGAUCGGCAGCCCCACCGCGAUGACCGUCUACCGCGCGACCGUGUUCAACAACACCGACGACGACAACAACCAGAACGACGAGUCGGUGUUCAGGACCCCCGUAGCCCCGCCGAGGUUGAAGCACGAGGAGGCGCGCAAGACCGCGGAGAAGGCGCGCCAAGAUGCGAGGGCCCGGGCGAGGCUCAAGAGCGACGAGGACCUUGGACUGAGUCCCGAAGAUCGACUCAGGGAGCUGAGGAUCAAGGUGGCCCGCAGACAGCUCAAGUCCGAGACGGACGAAGAGCCUGUCACCGGUAGCCAGGGCAGCAGUGCCAAGUCGGCGGCCAACAGGUACAGCUUUGGUCUGUACGGCAAGUACACGUCGACGCCCAUUGGCAGGCACCACCAGCUGCAGACGAGCAAGAGCACGGACAACGUGAAGGCGAUGGCGAGGCGAGGCCAGGAGACGACGGCCAAGAGUUUGGACGAGCUGCUGUCGGCCGAGUCCCCAACGAGGGACGAGGACGGGUUGGUGGUUAAGCGCGACAAGUCCAAAAAAUCGUCCAAGGAUCCGGAGAGACGCAAGAGCAUCAUCCAGGCAGUGUCGGACUUUUUCAAGCGAAAGGACUCGCUGUCGCCGCCGAAAGACCACGGCAAGCUCUCUAUGUUCCGGCUAACUCCCAAGUCUAAGGAGAAGGGAAAGUUGUUUAAAUCGUAUUCGGAUGGGUCAGAUCUCGACAAGGCCAACAACGCACAGCUCGACAAGAGGCCCAAGAGCGUGUGCGAGGGUAUGCUCGGUAGUUUCUUCAUCGAGAGUCCACCGCCGGUGCCACCACCGCCCAUCAACUACACGAUGCCCGCCCACGUUUCCGACGACAGCUUGUCGGACGAGGACUCGAAAACCCAAGCGCUGUCGAUCUCUCAGCUGAACAGAGUGUCCAGCACGGCCGAGGGCUCGACGAAUAGCAUCCCGCGGAGAGUAAGAACGGCGAAGCGCGUGGCAAGACAAGCGCAGCUGAAGAGGCUCAGGAUGGCCCAGGAGAUUCAGAGGAAACUCGAGGAGACGGAGGUGAAGCAGCGGGAGCUCGAGAGUCGGGGGGUCAGCGUCGAAAAGGCUCUGAGAGGAGAAGGAGAGUGUUCCGAUCGGGAAGAGGCCGAUCUGUUGCGCGAGUGGUUCGAUUUGAUGCGGGAGAGGACGGAGCUUCGUAGGUACGAGAAGGAACUGUUGGUACGCGCCCAGGAGGUGCAGCUCGAAGAUCGGCACGAUCGGUUGCAGCAAGAGCUGCGCGAGAGACUAGCUGACGACGAUGAGAAGAAAACUAGCGCCGACGUGCAAAAGGAGGGAGAGAUCCUUACGGAAAUGUUAGAGAUUGUGGCUAAACGGGACUCUCUGAUAGCUCUCCUGGAGGAGGAGCGACAAAGAUAUCAAGACGAGGACAAAGACAUUGAGGCUCAAAUGCUGUCUAAGGGCCUGAGGUUGACGCCUGUGAACAAACGCGGCCCAAAGUAUUCCGUCUAGUAUACCAAGCAGUAUUGGCCAACAAGAUUAGCGCGACUUCGCUGCUGCGACUUUACGAGCCUGAAUAAUUAUCAUAAUUAACAAAAGAGAGACUGCAAGUGAGAAGAAAAACAUAUGCAAUACGCAACUCAUCCUUUUGGCGAGCUUUUUUAUUUCAAUUAUUGUUUUUUCGUCCAAGAGAAAAAAAGGAGGAUGGUUUUGCGCGUAGUAAUUUUUUUU